AUGCAGAAGCGUACAGUGUCGUGCAAUGCAGGAGGGUACCGUGUCGUGCAAUGCAGGAGCGUACCGUGUCGUUCAGUGCAGAAGCGUACCUUGUUGUACAAUGCGGAAACAGUAGUAAACGACAAGGAGAAAUCUGCAAGCCAUAACAGCUCCAGUCCUCAGAGAUCGUGUUACGCCAAUGAAACAGCCUGUGACGGGGGUCGUCUGUGCUUUACGAAAUCAGAUCGUUGCGACGGAAUCCAGAAAUGCCAGGAUAACGCAGAUGAAUACAGAUGUGAGGAAGAAGGUAGCCCUGGUUACCGAACAGUCACAGAACGGAAACCGACUCUGGAGGUGUGGGAGACAUCCGCCAUUGUUAUCCUCUCCUUCAUAGGCCUCGUCCUCUUGUUCAUCCUCAUCAGAUACUGCAGGAAGCGUUGGUUUAGCUCGGGAGAGAACCAGACGACUCGGGAGCGCUAUGUCUACAGAUACGAUCCGGAGACGGGUAGAGGCAGCGUGGAGGUUAUCACAGAAACCCCUGCCGGCACCCCCACGGAGAAACGUCAUGAUGACGUCAUGGCUCAGUCCAGCUGCCCUCAAAAUGGUGACAUCACAUUCAAGCCAAACUCGAGCGAUCGUCACUCGUCCAUCAUCAGCGCGGCACGGUCGGUGUUCGAUAGAGAUCGGGUGUCUCCAUCACUGAAUAACCUGUGUUCUCCCAGCCGACAGGAGUUAUUGGAAGGGCCGCGGCCGAGAUCCAGUUCCGAUUCAGCUACCAGGUUCAUUUAUAGAUACAACCCCGCGACCGGGAAAGGUAGCGUUGAAGAAGUGCCUGUAAACAAAUCCCAGAGUAAAACAAAGUGUCAUUGUUCCCCUAAAACACAACCCAAUCAAGGGGAAAUAUCGCCCAAAAACUCCAAAAUUCUUCCUGGGUUCUCAACUCCGAAACACCCCAAAACUCAUCAUCUGUUGUUACAGCCCAAUAGUAAGAGAAGCCAUAAAUACACGCCCACAAAAGGUCGAGGCAGUGUAGAGUUGAUACCCAGCUCUUUGUCCGAAGGACCACCGAGAAUAAGCUUAUCACAGUGUGAUCUACAUAGCCUACACAAACAGGAGGCCAGGGUUCUCAAAAAGUCUUCACCCGUGAAGCCAAAAUAUGUAUAUAAGUACAAUCCGAGUACGGGUCGAGGGAGUGUUGAGAUGAUUCCCUCGGGCGCACCGGGGUCCAUGCCCGCCACUAGCCGCUCCCACGGUGCCUUACACACCGUGCUGGAAACCCCGAAGGUGACGAACUGCCGCCGCCCUGCUCACAUGGGCGCCAAAUAUGUGUAUAAAUAUAAUCCAAAUUCAGGCAGGGGAAGCGUGGAGAUUAUACCUAAAAGUGGCGAAGCUUUUGGUGGUAGAAGGCGGAAUCACCAUUUUAAUUACCAGAGUUCGCCGCUGGCUAGUCCCCAGGGACAGGGGCCUAAUUACAGCCAGCACCUGUCUAGUAAAGGCCAACAGUCCCCGGGUACUCCCAAAUACGGGACCAGGCCGGAGAGUUUCCACUCGGACAAAAUCGGAACUGUCCCCAAGGACCAGGGAAUAUCGCUGUCGAUUUCAAACCUGCUGGACGGACUAGAAGACAACUCGGCGGAAGUGAGUCAGAAGGCUGCGCCUCGACCACGACUCAACACGAUUGGUUCAUGUCCAUCGUCUCUCCGUCGAGGAGCGAUACAAACUACCGUGGAAGUGCAUCACCCGUCGACGACCAAUCGCUGCCGAGGUUCCAUAGACGCCGAACUGUCUCGACCAAGGAUUCCAGAGGAGCGAAGGCACAGCUCUUACGACCGUCUGACUAAUGCUGACAUUGACAGCUUACCGCCCUUUCCAGGCGGCAGGACUUCAACCGGAAGUUCUGCAGCGACACGCCACAGUCUCCAGUUAAGCUAAGCAAGAUAACUCUCAGAGAAUUCCGCAAUACGUUAUUGUUUUUGUUGUUGUUUGGAUUGUUUCAUGCACCGGUAAGUAGCGUUUCCGACCUUUUUAUGUUCACACCACACGGUCUUCAAGGUGUACGCUGUAUGUUCACACCACACAGUCUCCAAGGUGUACACUGUAUGUACACCACG